UCUAUCCAUCGGGGUGGGCCGUGCACUCACGUGCCUAGGCCCCACCUCACGCAGCAACUAAACGCGUCGACCAGGGGCCACAAUCCGCGCUUCCAUGAUAUUCUACGAGUAUGGAAUGGACUCCCCUCCUCCAACCUCAAUUGAUAAUUGUCUCCGACAUCUCUCGGGACGAUCCAUUACGCCCCUCCGACUGACUUUCUCCGACUGGUUAACUCCGGAUUGGUCAGCCGUCAGCCGUCAGCCCUGGCACUCCUCUAUGCUUUGAAAUCAAGCACCAACGCUGCAGGUACCCCUCCAGAGGGGCCAGCGGCUGCUUGCCAUUGGUGUUUUGGAAACGGUUGAUUCCAUGCCGCAGACCAAGGUUGCAAUGAGGUUUGACUAACAUGGAGCCAAAGGCAUUGUGAUGUCGGCAGUCCCCCCCGAAUACCGAGUCGUGACCUGCUGCUAUAAAAUGUCCCAGACAGUUCCUCUACCAUGACCCAUCCCCUCUUCUCUCUGUCCUCUCCAUCACGCCGCUUAGCACCACCAAGCCCCGCAUCUCCAUCUUCAUACCUUCCCCGCACAGCCAGCAAAACGCACAGCCAGCAAAACCCCACAUCGCGGCCAUGGCGUCUCAGCUCAAGCCCCUCAAGCCGUAUGGCGUUGCCGGGCCGAACCCGCCCAAGGUCAUCAUGGCUCUCGAGGAGCUCGGCCUCCCGUACGAGCCCGAGCUGAUCGGGUUCGACAAGGUCAAGUCGCCCGAGUUCCUGGCCAUCAACCCCAACGGCCGCAUGCCCGCGCUGCAGGACCCCAACACCGACCUGACCGUGUGGGAGUCGGGCGCCAUCCUCGAGUACCUGGUCGAGCGCUACGACAAGGACAACAAGAUCAGCUUCCCCGCCGGCUCGAACGAGUCCGCCCUGACCCGCCAGUGGCUCUUCUUCCAGGUCUCGGGCCAGGGCCCCUACUACGGCCAGGCCGUCUUCUUCACAAAGUACUUUGGCGAGAAGGUGCCCGCCGUCGUCGAGCGCUUCACCAAGGAGAUCGUCCGCGUCUCGGGCGUGCUGGAGAGCCACCUGUCCAAGCAGAAGGGCAACGUGGCCGAGGCCGGCCCCGAGGGCGAGGGCCCCUGGCUGGUCGGCGACCGCUUCACAUACGCCGACUUGUCGUUUGUUCCCUGGCAGAACAUGAUCACCAUGGUCCCGAUGGACCCCGAAGUCAAGGUCACCUACAACCCAAACGAGUUCCCCAACGUCAAGAAGUGGCUGGCCAAUCUGCUUGCCCGCCCGGCAAUUGCGAAGGGCAUCGAUCUGGCUCUCAAGCAGCUCAAGUGAGGACGGUGUGGGAAGUGGUUGUUUGGGGGGGUUAUAAAAGCCCUCCGCGGUAUAGAUUAGCAUCCAGCGGUUCCAUAGACCAACAUGAUUUGCGUUGCCCA